AUGCCUGAUCCAGCUAAAUCCGCUCCCGCUCCGAAGAAGGGCUCCAAGAAGGCGGUGGCCAAGGCGCAGAAGAAGGAUGGCAAGAAGCGUAAACGCAGCCGCAAAGAGAGCUACUCCGUUUACGUUUACAAGGUUCUGAAACAGGUCCACCCCGACACCGGCAUCUCCUCCAAAGCCAUGGGGAUCAUGAAUUCCUUUGUCAACGAUAUCUUCGAGCGCAUCGCCGGCGAGGCUUCCCGCCUGGCUCAUUACAACAAGCGUUCGACCAUCACCUCCAGGGAGAUCCAGACGGCCGUGCGUCUGUUGCUGCCUGGGGAACUGGCCAAGCACGCCGUGUCCGAGGGCACUAAGGCCGUCACCAAGUACACCAGCUCCAAGUAAAUGGACGCAUGUUCAAACCCAAAGGCUCUUUUCAGAGCCACUUAAUGAUUUCAAUUGAGAGUUUUAAUGCUGGGUGCUGCUGUAUUCUAUGGGAGAAGUGUCGCCAAUACAGGUAAAGUUUUCCCACAUCAACAGUUUAUUCUGUGCUUUCGACAAACACUAAGCUUUUAGAGCUUAUUUGUCUUUAUAAAGGUGGUGUAUAACUACAUUGUCCAGGCUGGUCUUAAACUCAAGCAAGUUUUCCCACCUCGGCCUUGCCUUGUAUUACUGAGUAGAUAAUUUGACACAGCAGGAAAAGUGGGCAUUCUUGUUUAGGAACCAAAAAAUAAGUUUGCAACUUACAAUGCAAUCAAUUUGGAGCAACACGUCCACCAGUCUAGAGCUGGUAAGUUUGAGUAUUCAAAAUGAGUUGAAAGUACAUUUAGUGCCUAUAAUAAUCCACUCUUGAUAGCAUAAUGUGGUCUUUGUAGGAGUCUCGUGGAAGUUAAUGUCAGCUGGGAUGUUGUAGUUUACCAAAUACCUGAGAAAAAAUUUCUUAAUAGAUAAGGAUUGAGAGACAAACUUUAUGGAAAUGAAAAAAUGCCAUGGAAUAAACUUUAAGUUAUUCGACAAGUAAUAUGAGGGGUUUUAGCUGUCUUUGAAAAACCAGAUUUGUAAGACAAAGAAGAGCAGAGAAUAUAAAUAGUAAAGGGCCUGGCAACUAUGUGUCUUUGUUUUUAGGUAAUGUUGGUUGGCAGUCAGCAAAAAGGCCAGGCUCUGGUAGUCUUAACUUGAAAAGGGUAACAGGAAUCACCGAAACUAUGUAUACAACUUCUGCCGUGGGUUUUUUAAAUACCAAGAUUACCGAUUGUAAUGGUAGGGUAAUAUAGACUGAAAUCCCUACAUUCCUCCACCCUCAUGGGCAUUUCUCUUGGAUCAUAAAAUGUGGGGGUAGCAGGAGGUAAGGGAAGAGUAUUUUAAGAGCCUAGAUCUGAGAUGUACGUUCAAUUUUUCCGCAAAGUAUCUGGUGGUUGGACUAGUACUUUAUUCAUUUAUUGAGAAUCUAUUAAAUUACAGAAAAUACUCAGUAAAGAGCAGUGAGAAAGACAGAAACUAUCCCUGUCCUUUACCUGGAUUGAAAUCUAAAGUGGAUAUUUAUACAAUAAACUCACAAACUAAAGAAAGUCUGAAGGUAACGUUUUUCUUUUAACUGGCUUUUGAUGGGACUGAAUUUAAAUUGCCAAAAGGUGAAUUAACAUCAUCUUGAAAACUUGCAAGUUCCUGGAGGCAGUUCUGGAGGGAGGGUGGAGCAAAAGAGAUGGCAGAAGAAGAGGAGCCAGCAGCAUGGAAUUCAAAAGUAGACAACAUUCUUGCCUCCUCCCUAGUGGACAGGGAGGAGGGGUGGGGAGAGCACAAGAGAGCCAUGACAGAGGAAGGGAGAGAGUACAGAGUUUAAGUCUGUAUUGAUGGAACUGUGGUUAAAAAUAGGGGCUACCCGUUUAUAUUCUCAUCUGGCCAUGUCUCAUCAGUGGUUUACAAGGAUUUCAUAGAAGUGCUUUACUAAAAUGUACAACCUCACUGAAAUAUAGAAAGUAAUACUGUAAGCCAGCAAAUAUUUUAUAUUUAUGCAAAUAAUUUUUUAAUAAAAGUUUUUUUUAAUGUCCA